AUGGGUGGGGGUGGUAGUGGCGGUGGCGAUGGUAGGUGGUGGUUGCAGGUGGUGGUAGUAAUGGUUGGUGUUUGUGGUGGUGGAGUGGUUGGUGGUGGAGACUGUAGUUGUGGUGGUGGCGGUAGUGGUAACGAUGGUGGUGGCGAUAGUGGUAGCAGUAAUGGUGGCGAUGGUGGUAGCGGUGACGAGUGGUGGCGGUGGAUGGUGGCAGUGACGGCAGGUGACGGGUGGGGUGGUAGUGGCGGUGGUGGCGGUGACGGUAGGUGGUGGUUACAGGUGGUGUUGGUGGUAGUAAUGGUUGGUGUGGUGGUGGUGGUGGUAGUGGUUAGUGGUGGAGACUGUAGUUGUGGUGGCGGCGGUAGUGGUAACUAUGGUGGUGGCGAUGGUGGUAGCAGUAGUAGUGGCGAUGGUGGUAGCGGUGACAAGUGGUGGCGGUGGGUGGUGGCAGUGACGCCAGGUGACGGGUGGGGUGGUGGCGGCGAUGGUAGGUGGUGGUUGCAGGUGGUGUUGGUGGUAGUAAUGGUUGGUGUUUGUGGUGGAGGUAGGUGGUUACGAUGGCAGUGUUGUGGUGGCGGCGGUGGUGGUGGCGAUGGUGGUAGUAGUGGUGGUGACGAUGGUGGUAGCAGUGACAGGUGGUGGCGGUGGGUGGUGGCAGUGACCGUGGUGGUGGCGGUAGUUAUGGCAGUGGUGGUGGUGGAGACGGUAGUUAUGCUGAUGGCGGUAGGUGGUGGUGGCGAUAGUGGUGGAGGUGGUGGUGGCGGUAGUUAUGGCAGUGGUGGCGGUGGAGACGGUAGUUGUGGUGGUGGCGGUAGCGGUAACAGUGGUGGUGGCGAUGGUGGUAGCGGUGACAAGUGGUGGUGA